GGAAUGAAAUAAAUAAAUAAAGACCGUAAGUGCUGAAAUAGCAGACCCCAUACUAAAUCUCUCUGCAGUCAGCCACGGAAAGCGGAGGCCGCGGACUGGAGUCAGAAGUCGCAGUCUGGCCCGGACGGGGCUCCAGGGAAACGAGUCUGGGCGGCUGCAGCAUCAUUAGAGGCUAACUCUGAGGUUUCUCAGCUGGCAUUUUGUCUCUUGUAGCGAAAACUGCAAGACAGAGGAGUGGAGUUUCCCGAGAAGGGCUCAGGCUGGCGUCCUGGGCGGGCCAGUCCCCUCGGCGAGAUUCUGGGUCUUCCCACUUUCCUCCAGUUCCCUCCCUCUCUCCUCCCUUUUGCAUCGGGCGGGCGGGAGGCCGCCGAGGCAGAAUGGUCUUGCGCACGCGCUCGCGCAAUUACGGCCGAGGAGUUCUGUUCCUCGGGCAUUUUCCGAGGAAGUCUGGAGCAAUUAGGCUCAGUCCGGGGAGAGCCAGCGAGCGAGCGGGCGGCGCUGCCGGCGCGUCUGGGCUGCCUCGCUGGGAGGGAGGGGGCGGCCGGCCGCCCGGCGGCGACCCCGGGCCCCGGCCGCCACCAUGGGCUUCGAGCUGGACCGCUUCGACGGCGACGUGGACCCGGACCUGAAGUGCGCUCUGUGCCACAAGGUCCUGGAGGACCCGCUGACCACGCCGUGCGGCCACGUCUUCUGCGCCGGCUGUGUGCUGCCCUGGGUGGUACAGGAGGGCAGCUGCCCGGCGCGCUGCCGCGGUCGCCUCUCGGCCAAGGAGCUCAACCACGUCCUGCCGCUCAAGCGCCUCAUCCUCAAGCUGGACAUCAAGUGCGCGCACGCGGCGCGCGGCUGUGGCCAGGUGGUCAAGCUACAACAGCUGCCCGAGCACCUCGAGCGCUGCGACUUCGCGCCCGCGCGCUGCCGCCACGCGGGCUGCGGCCAGGUGCUGCUGAGGCGAGACGUGGAGGCGCACAUGCGCGACGCGUGCGACGCGCGGCCGGUGGGCCGCUGCCAGGAGGGCUGCGGGCUGCCCCUGACGCACGGCGAGCAGCGCGCCGGAGGCCACUGCUGUGCACGGGCCCUACGGGCGCACAACGCCGCGCUGCAGGCCCGCCUGGGCGCGCUGCACAAGGCGUUCAAGAAGGAGGCGCUGCGAGCCGGCAAGCGUGAGAAGUCCCUGGUGGCGCAGCUGGCCGCCGCACAGCUGGAGCUGCAGAUGACCGCCCUGCGCUACCAGAAGAAGUUCACCGAGUACAGCGCGCGCCUUGACUCGCUUAGCCGCUGCGUGGCCGCGCCGCCCGGCGGCAAGGGUGAAGAAACAAAAAGCCUGACUCUUGUCCUGCAUCGGGACUCUGGCUCCUUGGGAUUCAACAUCAUUGGUGGCCGGCCGUGUGUGUACCCAUCUUUGAAGGCCACUGAGAUAAAAGAAAGUGGACAGACCCAGGGAAACCUGGCCAAGGACAAAGACAGAGCUGAGGAGUGGCAGGACAUGGUCAGAAAGAGGCCAGAGAAGAAGAGGCGGGUUGUGAUUAAAUUCCCUUUGCUUUUGGCCAAAGCCACAGUUUCAACAACAAACGAGCAUGGUUUAUUGCAAGAAAAUGACAGCUUAAUAGACAACCAAGAUGGAUCGUCCAGUGAAGGAAUCUUUGUAUCCAAAAUAGUUGACAGCGGGCCCGCAGCCAAGGACGGAGGUCUGCAAAUUCACGACAGGAUUAUUGAGGUCAAUGGCAAAGACUUAUCCAGAGCAACUCAUGACCAGGCUGUGGAAGCCUUCAAGACAGCCAAGGAACCUAUCGUGGUCCAGGUGUUGAGGAGAACACCGCGGACCAAAAUGUUCACUCCUCCGUCAGAGUCACAGAUGGUGGACAUGGGAACACAGACAGACAUCACCUUUGAGCACAUCAUGGCCCUUAGCAAGAUGUCCUCGCCCACCCCACCUGUACUGGAUCCCUAUCUCUUGCCAGAGGAGCAUCCCUCAGCCCAUGAGUACUAUGAUCCAAAUGACUACAUCGCAGGCAUCCAUCAGGAGAUGGACAGGGAGGAGCUGGAGCUAGAGGAAGUGGAUCUCUACAGAAUGAACAGCCAGGACAAGCUGGGCCUCACGGUGUGCUACCGGACAGAUGAUGAAGAUGACAUUGGCAUCUAUAUAAGCGAGAUUGACCCUAACAGCAUCGCGGCCAAGGAUGGGCGCAUCCGAGAAGGAGACCGCAUUAUCCAGAUUAAUGGGAUAGAGGUACAGAACCGUGAAGAGGCUGUAGCUCUGCUAACCAGUGAAGAAAACAAGAACUUCUCAUUGCUAAUUGCCAGGCCCGAACUCCAGCUGGACGAGGGCUGGCUGGAUGACGACAGGAACGACUUUCUGGAUGACCUGCACAUGGACAUGCUGGAGGAGCAGCACCACCAGGCCAUGCAGUUCACGGCCAGCGUCCUGCAGCAGAAGAAGCACGAGGAAGACGGGGGAACCACAGACACGGCCACCAUCCUGUCCAACCAGCACGAGAAAGACAGCGGCGUGGGUCGGACGGACGAGAGCACACGCAAUGACGAGAGCUCGGAGCAGGAGAACAACGGCGACGAUGCCCCCGCGGCCUCCCCGCCGCUGGCUGGGCAGAGGAAGCUCACUUGCAGCCAGGACACCCUGGGCAGUGGCGACCUGCCCUUCAGCAACGAGUCCUUCAUCUCGGCCGACUGCGCCGACGCCGACUACCUGGGCAUCCCUGUGGACGAGUGCGAGCGCUUCCGCGAGCUGCUGGAGCUCAAGUGCCAGGUGAAGAGCGCUGGCCCCUAUAGCCUCUACUACCCUGGCAGCACCCUGGACGCCAGCAAGAGCGACCCCGAGAGCGUGGACAAGGAGCUAGAGCUGCUCAACGAGGAGCUGCGCAGCAUCGAGCUGGAGUGCCUCAGCAUCGUGCGCGCGCACAAGAUGCAGCAGCUCAAGGAGCAGUUCCGCGAGCCCUGGAUGCUUCACAACAGCGGCUUCCGCAACUACAACACCAGCGUGGACGUGCGCAGGCGCGAGCUCGCCGACAUCACCGAGCUGCCCGAGAAGUCCGACAAAGACAGCUCGAGUGCCUACAACACCGGCGAGAGCUGCCGCAGCACCCCACUCACCUUGGAGAUGUCCCCCGACAACUCCCUGCGGAGGGCGGCCGAGGGAGAAGGUGCCGCAGAAGCUUACGGGCCGUCCCCCAAGAACCUGCUCUCCAUCACGGAAGAUUCCGAGGGGGGCUCCCCGAACUACAGCCCUUCCCCUAAAGAGCUGGAUCCCAGCCCGGCUCCGGAGAACAAGGAGAGGAAGCCCGGCGAAGAAGGUGGUGGCGGCAGCGGGAGCCCCACCCCCGGCGCGAAGCUGGGAGGCUCGUACCUGCCGCCCUUCCCGCACUCGCCCUACAAGCACGCCCACAUCCCCGCGCACGCACAGCACUACCAGAGCUACAUGCAGCUGAUCCAGCAGAAGUCGGCCGUCGAGUACGCGCAGAGCCAGAUGAGCCUGGUGAGCAUGUGCAAGGACCUGAACUCAGCCAACCAGUCAGAGCCGAGGAUGGAGUGGAAGGUGAAGAUCCGCAGCGACGGCACGCGCUACAUCACCAAGCGCCCAGUGCGGGAUCGCCUGUUGCGGGAGCGCGCGCUCAAGAUCCGAGAAGAGCGCAGCGGCAUGACCACGGACGACGACGCGGUGAGCGAGCUGAAGAUGGGGCGCUACUGGAGCAAGGAGGAGAGGAAGCAGCACGUGGUGAAGGCCAAGGAGCAGAGGCGGCGGCGCGAGUUCAUGAUGCAGAGCCGGCUCGAUUGCCUGAAGGAGCAGCAGGGGGCCGACGACAGGAAGGAGAUGAAUAUCCUCGAACUCAGCCACAAAAAGAUGAUGAAGAAGAGGAAUAAAAAGAUAUUUGAUAACUGGAUGACAAUCCAAGAACUCUUAACCCACGGCGCAAAAUCGCCAGACGGCACUAGAGUAUACAAUUCAUUCCUCUCGGUGACUACUGUAUAAUUUUCACUUCUGCAUUAUGUACAUAAAAGAGAACACUACCAUUGGGGUAGCAAUUCCUGCCUCGUUCAAUGCGGCAAGUUUUUGUAUAUAAGAUAAAUCGCAACAUCAUGUUUAUAGUCUAAAUUAGCAAGCCCUACCACUCUGGGUGUCCUAGCUCUAUUUUAAGUGGAGAAAUACCACGCUUAACUACUAUCCUGGAAGGCAAUAUUAACCAAACAGCUUUUUUUUUCAAACAGCAAGGAUACUUUUUUACUUGUUACCUUUUACAUAAAAGUUUUUAAAUUUCAAAAAGAUCUUUUACUAAGCAUACCUUCACAGAAUAAUUUGUUUAAACUAUAUUCAUAUAAGAAAGUUAAACACGCUUUUUUCCUUUUCUGCUAAAAACACAGAUAUGACUGCUGGUAUGUAUUUUAAUGGAGCUCUAUUUUAUGUUACUUUGCUGAAUGUGUUUCAUAGGAGUGACCAUUAAUAUAUUAUUUAGGUCAAAGCUUCAACUCAAACCCACCAAACUCUGUGGUUAACUAUAUAUAACGCACAUAACCAAACCAGCGGUGUUUAGAAUUGGGAUACACAUUAAACAUUUUUCUGGUUAAAGUUCCCAACAGAGUGUAAAGGUUUUAACAGAAGGCAAAAUAUAAUGCAACUUUGUGGGAGUUUACAGCAUGUUUGCAAAUAUUGCAACUCAUUGGAGGACUUUGCAUGUACAGGAAAGUUGUGGACGGAGAAGGUUUGUGGAAUUUUAAGUGCUCAUUGUAGGAGAAACCUUUGCUUUGUAGAUUCAAAGGGAGACUUUUACAAGCAAACUCACAGAAUCAUGAUUAGUUAUAAACAAUUAAGUAAAUGAAGUUAAAAUAAAUUAUUAUUUUCUAUGUUUUGAAGUGUUCCUCAUUUUGCAGUGGUGCCUAUAAAAUAAAAGCCUUUUUUGCAGUG